AUGGUGUCUCUCAUCAUGUUUCUCCUGUCUAUCGCUUCACAAACCUUGGCUGUGCAUGUGGCCUUGAGUUCAGAGACGGAUAAGAUAGCGUUGCUUGCUUUGAAGGACAAGCUUACCAAUGGCAACCAUGAUGCUCUGCCAUCAUGGAAUGAGUCUCUCCAUUUCUGUGAAUGGCAGGGCGUUACAUGCAAUCGUCGCCGAAUGAGAGUCACAGCCUUGAUACUACAGAAUCAAUACUGGGGUGGUACUCUUGCACCAUCCUUGGGAAAUCUAACGUUCCUCAAGGCAAUCUUUCUUACUAACAUCCACUUGCGUGGUGAGAUUCCGAGGGAAAUUGGCCAUUUAAAGAGGCUGCAGAUUCUUGACUUGAAGCAGAAUAAUCUUCAUGGUCAAAUUCCUAUGCAGAUGAUAAAUUGUUCAAGCCUUUAUUGGAUUAUUUUGACUUAUAAUAAUCUAACUGGUAAAGUUCCUUCGUGGUUUGGUUCUAUGGUGCAACUUACUCAUCUGGGGAUUGCAGUCAACAGUUUUGUUGGUAGUAUUCCGCCUUCUUUGGGAAAUCUUUCAUCGCUUGAGCAGUUGUCACUUACAUACAAUCAUUUGGGAGGAAGUAUAACUCCAGCUUUGGGUAGGUUGUCGAAUUUGAAUUUUUUGGCUUUGGGUGGAAAUAAAUUUUCUGGCCAAGUCCCUUAUUCACUUUACAACCUUUCAAAUAUUCAAGUUUUUUCAGUCACAGAUAACCAGUUAGUGGGUAAUACUCUUCUCUUAAAUAUACCUAUGGCUUUUCCCUAUCUUAGGGAAUUUACGUGUGGAGGGAACCGAUUCACUGGUACUUUUCCAUCUUCAAUAUCCAACCUUUCUGAAUUGCAAGUGUUUGAUAUAGGUGACAAUGGUUUUCAUGGACCAAUUUCUCCUAACUUGGGAAGUUUACACAAACUCCAGAUAUUUUUUGUUCCUUUUAAUAGAUUCGGGAGCGGAAGGGCCUACGAUUUGGAUUUCCUUUUCUCGCUAGUGAAUUGUACUCAAUUGCAAAAACUGGUCAUUGAGGAAAAUUAUUUAGGCGGUGUAUUGACAGAUACCAUAGGCAAUUUAUCAAACAAUCUUGAUAUUCUUGUUAUGGGAUCCAAUCAAAUAUCUGGAAAGAUACCUGAAGGAAUUGGAAAACUAAUCAACCUAAAAACACUUGGUAUGGAGAGAAAUUCCCUUGAGGGAAUAAUUCCAUAUUCCAUUGGAAAGCUAAAGAAUAUGGUACGGUUGACGUUGCAGGAAAAUAAGUUAUAUGGCAAGAUUCCUCUUGUUAUUGGUAACCUUACUAUGUUAUCUGAAGUUCAACUGUACUCGAAUAAAUUUGAAGGAAUCAUUCCUUUUACACUUGGAAACUGCACCAAGAUGGAGAUAUUUUCUGCUCAUGAAAAUAACUUAAGCGGUAACAUACCCAAUCAAACAUUCGGCUACCAACAAGGUUUAAUAGCACUGUCCUUAUUCUCCAACUCUUUCACUGGUCUCAUUCCUUCUGAACUUGGUAACUUGAUCCAUCUUUCAGUCUUAUAUUUGCAAGAGAACAAGCUGAUUGGUGAGAUUCCCAUGGAACUUAGUGCUUGCUCUGCUUUAACAGAGCUUGUACUAGAAAGCAACUUGAUCCAUGGAAGUAUACCUUCAUUCUUGGGAUCUCUACUAUCCCUUGAAAUCUUGGACCUUUCUAAUAACAACUUCUCAAGCACAAUCCCACAUGAACUUGUGAAUCUCAAGUUUCUAAGUAUGUUGAACUUAUCUUUCAACCAUCUCUCUGGUGAAGUCCCGGAAGGAGGAGUGUUUAAUAACAUCACAGCAAUAUCACUCUUUAGAAAUAAAGAUCUUUGCGGUGGGAUACCUCAAUUGAAUCUUUCUGCAUGCCCUAUGUUGCCCUUGCAAAAGAAACACAAGAGAUCUCUUAAAAAGAGAGUCAUCCUCAUCAUGGCAUUUGGAGGGGUUCUAAUAUCUUUUGUGGCUUUUAUUAGUAUAUAUCUUUUCAAGAAAAAGGCAAAAAAAUUAUCUACUACUUCGCUAGCUUUGCAAUAUGGCUAUGUGAAGGUUUCUUAUGGAGAGCUACAUCAAGCAACAAAUGGAUUUUCUUCAUCCAAUUUAGUUGGCACAGGAAGCUUUGGCUCUGUGUACAGAGGAAACCUUGUUCAUUUUAAGAGACCUGUUGCUGUCAAAGUGUUGAACCUUCAAACACACGGGGCAUCAAAGAGUUUCAUGGCUGAAUGCAAAGCUCUAGGAAAAAUCAAGCACAGAAACCUUCUCAGCAUAUUGACUUGUUGUUCAAGUGUUGAUUACAAUGGGAAUGAUUUCAAGGCCAUAGUAUUCGACUUCAUGUCUAAUGGGAGUCUAGAAACCUUGUUGCACAACAGAAUUGAAGAUAGCGAGUCCACAAAUCUGAGUCUCAACCUGAUGCAAAGAGUAAAUAUUGCUCUUGAUGUAGCUUUUGCAUUGGAUUAUCUUCACAGUGAUUUAGAAGAAGCUGUAGUUCAUUGUGAUAUAAAGCCAAGCAAUAUUCUAGUUGAUGAUGAAGUUGUUGCUCACUUGGGAGACUUUGGAUUAGCUAGGCUCGUUCAUGGUGCUGCAAGUCGUUCUAGCAGUGGUCAAGCUACUUCCUCUACAAUUAAGGGAACCGUUGGAUAUAUUCCACCAGAGUAUGGAGCAGGUGCCUCGGUGUCAGCAGAAGGAGACAUGUAUAGCUAUGGAAUUCUCCUUUUGGAGAUGCUCACUGGAAAGAAGCCAACUGAUACCAUGUUUGCUGAAGGUUUAAGCCUACACAAUUUCUGUAACGCGGCAACUCUAGAACGAAUCACUGAGAUUGUCGAUUCAAGAUUGCUCAUUCCAAUUGCUAAACAAGAGGGGAGAAGGGUCACAAGUCAGCAAAAUAUGGAAGGCACCAUUCAAGAGUGUCUUGUGUCCUUUGCUAAGAUUGGAAUUGCAUGUUCUGAAGAGGUUCCCACCCAACGAAUGAGCAUAAAAAAUGUCAUAAAGGAGUUACAUGCAAUUAAACAGAAGCUGUUUUUAUAAAGAGUCGUUUUCAUGAAAACCAAAUAAUGGGGUGCUUUACUACUUGGAUUUAUCUGAGUAGGAUUGCCGUGUUUGCUAGUAUCCGUUUGUUGUUUUAUA